UAUUGCUAUUGUGCGGUUGUUAUUGAAGUUGGUAUAACUAGAGAAGCAAGCGGUCGGCAACAUUCAUCUCUCGAGGGGGUGUCUAACUCGGUGUUAUGGUGACCCUGUUUGACCUUGAAUUAAUUAAUAAUGUCCCUUUAAAUAACAGUGCCAAACACAAUCCCUAUCCUGUGACGAGGGGAAAUUAUUUAUUGUGUACUCAGACCAUCAUUGCACUUUUCCAGUUAGCACUUUUGUAAAAGGCCAAAAACUACUUUCCUCAAAAGCCUGCAGUCAACAAUGUCACAUAACCUGGAGUCUCCAAGCAGCAGCAGUGCUGACUGCCCUCUACAGUAGGUAAUUCUGUGACUAUUAAUAAGUUCCUCAUACAACCCUACUUUAAAAAUAUUCAAAGAAUCCCUCUCACUGCGUGGCCUCCAAAGAAACUAUUCAGAUAACACUGCCAGGAGCUGUUAAGAAGAUUGAAGACUGACUGCAGCAAGAGCCUUGCACAUAAACUGAGAGAACGAUCCGUGGUAGAACAAUAGUUUAACCUUCAACACAAUCAAACUCCCAAAAAAUAAAGGUCCUCUUAUGACUAGACAGCUCAAAACAUCCACUGCAAACCUUUUAAAUACGAAAGUCAAUGUGAUUAAAUGUUGAUGUGAAUGCUUCAAAACCUGAGAACCUUUGCUUCACACUUGUUUUAUUGAAUACAUAUUCAUGUUGUUUUCAGGAAUGUCCGGUGCAAAUUCAACACAUGCUGCAUGGCUGUGUUUUAAUAGCCAGAGGUGUCAGACGGUGUAACAAGUGCAUUGUUAGACGCACAGCUCAUCCACUGGACGGGAUAUAGAGGUGUGAUGGUAGUAGAGUAAAAUCCAAAUGAGAGAGUAAAUCCACUCCCUUGUCUCCAAACAGAGAGUAAGCUCAGUCAGGUGCUGCAGAGACAGGAUAUGAUUAGUGAGGGCUGAAGUCACAGCUCUGGUAUCAGCACUGACUGGAAUGGGGUCAGAGCUGCAAGCAGGUGGUGAAAGACACAUUUACGAUCACAGAGAGGAAAAAAAGACAAAUCUGAACAAUCUGAACCUCUCCACUCCAACCCUAGGUUACAUUUAAUGAUACUGUUUAAACAAGAACUGGCAAUAUGAGAUGGUAGAUUUAUUUCAGUACACUGUUUUGCCAUCCUUGCCAUCUCAUCUUGGGAUUUCAGAUGCUUAUCAGUUUCAGACUACUUGUCUUAUUUUAUGUUUUUAUCAUGAUACAUGAAGACUGCAGGUUGGUCAGUUUAGCAGCAGGGCUCGUCUACUACUGUUUGUACUACUACUGUCGUCUACAUGCUGUUGUAAUACGUGCAGAAUGGGGUUUGCAUGACUGGUACUUUUGCUUGGUCCCAAUACUAAGCCACUCAUGUGACAGAAUUAAAAAAAUAAAAUAAAAUAAAAAUGUUAGGGUUAGGGUAAGGGUUAGGGUUAGAGCUAGGGUUAGAAUUAAGCUAAGAGUUAGGGUAAGGGUUUAGGGUUAGGGUAAGAGUUAGGGUUAGAGUAAGGGUUAGGGUUGGGGCUAUGAUUAGGGUUGAGGCUAGGGUUAAAGUUAGGAUUGAGGUUAGGGAUAGGGUUGGAGCUAGGGUUAGGGUUGGGCUAGGGUUAGGGUUGAGUCUAGGGCUAGGGUUAAAGUUAGGGUUGAGGUUAGGGUUAGGUUUAGGGUUGGGGCUAGGGUUAGGGUUACAAUUAGGGUUAUGUUGAGGGUUAGGGCUAGGGGUAGUGUUUAAGUUAGGGUUAUGGUUAGGGUUGAGUCUAGGGUUAGGGCUAGGGUUAGGGUUAAGGCUAGGGUUGGGGCUAGGGUUAUGGUUAGGGUUAAGGUUGAGGCUAGGGUUAGGGUUGGGGCUAGGGUUAGGGUUAGUGUUGAGGCUAGGGUUAGGGUUGAGUCUAGGGUUAGGUUUAGGGUUAGAGUUAUGGUUAGGGUUACAUUUAGGGUUAGGGUUAGGGUUAGGGUAAUCAGUUUGAGACAACUUGUCUUAUUUUAUUUUUCAUUAGUCAUUAGUUUUUCAUUAAGUCUUACUUAAUAACGUAAUAAAGACUAGAAUAGACGAGAAUAAAGUCAGAAUAGUCCAGAAUAGACAGAUGAAAAUGUACUUCAAUAUUUGUUUCUCAAACAAGGAAACACUUAAUCUUUUGGCACAUCAGCACCACAUUAUCAUAAGAAGCCUAUCAAUGAUUUUAUUACGACUUUAUUCUUGUAUGUAGGCUUAUUACUUUAUUUAAACUUUAUCCUCAUAAGUAAUGAUUUUAGUAUGACUUUAUUCUUGUAGGUAAUUAUUUUGAUAUGACUUUCUUGUUAGUAAUGACUUUAUUUUCGUAAAUUAAGUACUUUAAACUAGAAGUCGUAUUUUUUUUUUUUCUGAAGGUGACCUUAAUACUCUGUCAUAGUUGAGAAAUUAGUAAGUUACGAUUUAAUUAUUAAUACACAUGCAUUGUCUGUAAUGGGAACGUUGCCCCGUCAAGAUAACUACCAUGUAGGCACGCCUCCAAACGAAGUGCUACAGAACACUGGCAUAUCCUGUCUUCUACAUAUAUAUCUGUGUGUAAAAGACCAAUGUCACUGAGAGCAAUGCGUACAGUAAGUGACGGCAGCAGCAAGUGGUUUCAGGGCAAAGAUGAGUGAUGAACUAUAUUUUGAUCCUGCAGACUCCAACAGUGCAAAUGAAUGAUGGCAGACGUGUAGAGAGCUGCUUUGACUGGCAGAUUAGAAUUAUAGAUACUUUCCCCAAAUUAAAAAAAGCUCUUCCUGUGUGUAGUAAAUAACGAGAGAAAGAAAUAGGUUUAUAAUUGCUUGAAAAUGAUCAGACUAAAUCUGAGGAGGUGUGUUUUAUUGUAAUAUAAUACAAGGCUGAGAUCAUUUAUUAUCAGAUUUGCGUUGGGGGGGUUGCAUGCCUUUUGUGUUACACUUAAUCAAAGAGUGUUUGAAGGAGCAGUAAAAGUCCUGCUUUGGCAGUCUGGGAGCUUAAUACCCACCCACCUCCAUGAAACAUAUUUAUUCAUUAGACUGAAUUCUGAAUGUGCUGAGGUCAGCUGUUACACUGAACCUUUUUUCUCCUCUCGUCUUUUUGUCCUUUUAGACCUCAAUAUUCAUCAGGUAAUGAGAGAGAACAACAACUAUAAAACCAAUGUCCAAGAUCUCCAUCCAAUGGAAAAUGUCUGUGCCUUCCAACCACUCUGUGUUCCAGCACACACACACACACACACACACACACACACACACACACACACACACACACACACACACACACACACACACACACACACACACACACAAAGGCCAGGUUUGGGUAUUAAACAUGAAUGCUUUGGUUCUACCUCACAGAUUUAAAACAUUAGUCAAGUCAGCUGACAUGAUGUGAUCAUGAUUCAUCAGUCCAUUUUCUGCUUUAUUAGAUGAAAUAAAAAUUCUCAUCCAUGCACAUGAAUACUGAUCAAUAAAUGUAGUGAUGUCAUGUCAAGCUUCAUAGAUACAGCUUGCAUUGAUUUAGGUGGCUCAUUAAACCCCCUGGUGGCUGAAACCAUAAAUACAUGAAGGUAUUAAGAUAUAUUUAAUGAUUUUUUUACAUUUAUUGAUCAGACUGUGUUUUAUUUGUGAGCCAGUUAUGAUCGGUAAUUUAACUUCUACACUGGAAGCUUCAUAUCUGGUAAAACAGAUAUUUGGAGGUUAAUAUUAUGGUUAGACAUGGUUUUAUGACAGAGUUAAGAGGUAAUAAACAUUAUGCACUGAGGUGCAACUAAAGUUCAGCUGGGUUCAGCCUGCUUUUGUUUUCUCUGUUGGCACUCCUCUCUGUCCACAGACUGGUGUUUAAACAAAUGAGGGGGCUGAUCUGUGUGGGGCUGGACUCAAGGUUCAGCAGCAGGUUAGGAGCAGAGAGGCAGCAGUUCACAGAUUGAUGGUAGAUUCAAACACAGUCAGAGGGAAGUGUUAAAUAUCAUUGAAAAACCAUGUCAAUGGGUGCAAAGUGGUAACAGCGGCAUGUAAGUCAAGCAAAAAAGUCUGAGAUCUUCUUCCUGUUGCUAAUCUAGUCCCCCUCCAUCAUACCUUACGGGUACUGGCGAUGUAUUUUGCAUGAAAUCUAUCAUUCCUUUGCGCUUCUGUGCGUGUAAUUCCUUUAAGAAAAUACACAGCACAAAUAUUCUGGAGGAAUCAAGUGAAAGCACCUGAAUAGUCUGAAAUAGAUGGAACUUAUUGUUCUCAUGUUUGCAAUGAGUUAUUUUUAAAAGGGGGCACUGUCCGUUCUUUUGAAGAUUUGUCUCAUUUGAGACACUCAGACCCAACCAUCAAGUCAGCCUAGUGUUUGCUUUGUUUGAAAAUGUGUUUUAAGUGUUAAUGUGUUUUAAGCGCUAUUUUUACAUGACACACUGCACAAACUCAAACUUCAAUAUUUUUGUCUUAUUUCUAAUGACAAAUGUCAAGUUCUUGAAUAAAAACGUUACCUUAUCUCUUAAUUCAAGAGACUUAAAAAGAGGUACAUUUUUCCUAUUUCAUAGUUGUUUUACUUAUUACAACCCUAACCCUAACCCUAACUCAUUAUAAGGUUGUGUUUUGGGGGUGUGAUAUAUUAAAAUAGGACCUAAGCCCCAAAAGGCUUUUUUUUUUCAAUGAGAAAUAAGACCAAAAAAAAAAUAAAAAAUUUGAGUUUUGCUGUGAACAUGCGCCCUGUUCAGCUUUUUAGGUCUACAGGCCGGGACAUGCCAUUCACAGUGGAUGCAAGAAGACACCUAUAUGAUCUGGAGUUGGACAAGAAAUAGUCCCGUAAAGAGAAGUGGAGAAACUUUAGAGCUGACUGCAGAGCAGGAGAGAUCCCAAGUGACCUGGUGGUGCAGGUGAGUAAUCUGUGACUGUGCCAACAAACCCAGAGAGCUCCUGCUGUUAUGAGGAGAACCGGGAAUUAACAGUAUUUCAGGAGCUUUCUGUAUAAACCAGGAAAUCAGCGGCUCACAACAGCAGUCUGCAUCAUGCACAAACAGAGUCCCCUGUCGCACUAAAUACCACAUAUUGAAAUCCACACUUCAAAGUAAGUGUCUCAUCCUCUCAGUUUAUGAGAUAUUGGGCACAAAUUGUCUACACAGUUGUUAUGAACAGUUGCUUUAUGGUUGUAAUUCAGAGUAGCUGUGGGGUUUUGUGUCUGACAUGUUUUUAAUAUAAUCAGGAUGAUGUCUCACACUGCACAUAAAGAGAUGAUGAAUUAAUCUAGAUUUAAUUGUGAUUAGUAAAGAUGUCAUAACGCAAGAAUUAAAAUCUCAAAACAAACAUCCCUAGCUCCCUUUUCAAUGUAUAAAUUUCCAUCCAUGUGUGUCACCUGUGUGUGUGUGAGAGAGAGAGUAUGAGUGUGUGUGUGAGUAAUCUGCUGUAAUUCCUGCUCCUCCAUAAUCUCCCCUGUGUCCCGCUCAAAGAAUGUCCUCAUUACAGCCAUUUAUAUGAAGCGUGUGACGUCUUUUGAUGUAAUAUUACCCUCCGAUCCAAUUAGCCCAGCACAUGUCAGCCUGGCUCAGUGGGCAGGACUCGGGUCUGAGAGGACAGAGCAGACGUUCACUGCUGCUCUUAACACACAGAAACAUUCCUCUGCUGGGACCAACGCUGAAGUCUGAAGUCUCUUCACUGUUUAUAUUUAUGUAAAUAUGUUUUAUUGUUCUUCAGUGUCUUUUAUUCUGUUUGACUUCUCCGGCUCUGGUGAACAGAUACACACACAGACACUUUAUAUAAGUCUUUUUGUUUUUGAUGAUUUUUUUCCACUUUUUUGACAACAGAUAGUUUUAAUAAAACUUAAAAGUCUGAGAGCUUCAGUGUAAAAACAUGAGGAUUGAUCCACGUCGCUGUGUUUCCUCAAAGACGUUCUGUGUCGCCUAAAUUUGAUGAAUUUAGCACUAAAGAUAUUUAAGCGUUUUGUGAAACAGCUUUGUGAGACCCUUACUUUAGGUUCUAGUCAGGAGGUAACGUCCAGCUGUGAUUGUAGUCAUCACUCCAGGAGAGGAUGAAGUCUCGUGACCACUAUAAAAAGUUUAAAAAGUUGUUUCUAGAGAUGGAUGGGUCAAACAAACUCAAGCUUUGAGACCUGAGUUUGACUCCCAUGAGGACAUGCGUUUUAACAUGUUGGGAUCAUUAAUGAAAUAUGUAAAAUAUAUAAAAGCCUAACAGAAGGAACAUGUGUACAGUUCCAAAUGAGGAAGAAACAUGUUUUUUUUUUGGCCAUAGAGCCUGAAGUGAUCAAACUGAAAAAAAAAAAUCCACACAUUGAAGAACUUAUUGAUACAGAGCGCCUUGGGCACACAAACACACACCCACACCCACAAACACAUACUCACUUUUAAGACAAAAGGGCAUUUCGGAUGUGAUGUCAAUCCAACACGCAUCCCCAUUAUCAACAAUCUGAUCCAUUAAAGAUACAUCUGCAGAAAUGCUGCAACAAUACCUGUUACACCUCUUUCACAGUGUAGUGGGAUUUGAUGCAAUAUGAUGUGAUUGGAUGAUGUAAUGCAGUACAGUGAGUUUGGUUUUGUAUGUUUGCAUGGAUUUAUUUAUUUACUUAUAAGCUAAUUUUAGGCUUGUUCUUUUAUUUCAAAGGGACAGCAGAAGGAGCUACAAAAGAGGAAAGAAGCAGGAAGAGACAAGCUGGAAAGGUGCUGCGGGUAAACCUGGACUGACCACUUUAGGGCAUAACCCCGUGUACAUGGAGAAAAAGCUAUUUCUAAAUUACUGAACCAUCAAAUACCUGUGUAGGUGUGACAAUGAUGGGUUGUUUUUGAUCAUCAGCUGAAUUAAUAAACUCUCCUGAGUAAACAAACAAUUUUUAUGACAAUCAGUUUGAGAGCAAAAAAUUGAUAAUACAAUGAUAAUAAUUCAUGCCGUAACCAAGUGACAACCUCUGGUCUUUGGAAAUGAGGCUGAAGGAGUGUUAAAAACUGCAGUUCUUCAAGUGUCCACCAGGAGCUAGCUGCAAAAGCCCAAAAGGCCACAUACACACCCAUUCUGAGAAGCCCUUUUUUCCAAGACAAAUGACAUAUCUAAGAUAGUUUUGGUUAAAAUGGCUUAUUUUUGUAGCUGCCUAUUUUGUACACUGGAGAUAUUAGAGUUAAGGUCCUUACACACCAGGGCCGAUUACGCGAAAUCAUAUUCGCGUAAUUUCGUACAUCUCCAUCAUGCUCCAUCCUCUUCCACAGCAGCUGUAUUGUCGAUCUCCUCUGAAAUCUCCUUUCUUUUCUUCUAUGCUUUUAUGAUGGCAUGAUCAACUGCUGCACAACAUUUAUCAGCGUUAACCCAAACACAGAAGGAUUUAGUUGCCAUGGUUUCCUGUACACAAACAAGGAGGGAACAUAGUGGGGAAUCAUACUGCUGACUAGUAUUUCAGUGGAGUGUUACACAGAGACAUGGACACUGCUGAAUAGUGUUUGCACAUUGAUGUUCAGCAUUUGAAGAUUAGAAUUAUGUCAGACUUCAGUACAGCAUGGACUUUCCUGGAAAUUUUGUAAAUGAAGGGUGUACUUACAAUGAAAUGAGUGAUUGUGUCAGAGUUUCUUGAAAUGUACCAAAUUAAGUGGUCAAGAGUUGUCAGCAGAUGAUAGCUUAGCUCCUGUUUUGGUUUACCAACCGGUUUCCAAACAAAGAGGCAGAGGUGACCAGCAGCAUCCCCUGUGGGUAACAUUACUUCAACCCCACUUUGAAAAAAGGACUAUUCCUUUAGGGCUUAAAGCUCAUUAACAGGGAGACGUCAAAAGAGCAACUCCCCAGCGUGGAUUAGGAACACCUGCCGGGAAAGAGAAUACUGGGUAAUUAUGGCCUCAAUGUGAAACAGAAUAACUGGCUGAUAAUGACUCAUUGCAGGAGAUUAUUUAAAAACUGAAAGCCCUCCCUGUAACUGUGACUCUAAUAUGGUCUGAUUUCAUACAACACACUCUGACAGAUUAAGAUCUCUUUGAAUACAUCAUAUACAGCACUUUAGGGUGUUCAGUGUUUUGUGUUUUUAUCAGAAAAUCACAAGUUUAACUUGGAAAAAUAAGUUUUUUCAGCUGCUGAAAUUAUCAUUUAUGGACAGAUUUUAAAUAUGUGAAAUAAUAAACUUAUUUUGAAGUUAGGAUUAUCCCUCAUGUCAACUCAUGGUCAACUCCCAGUUUAAUGUUAAUGAUUUAGGACAAAAGUCUCAUACUAAAAAGUACUGCAGGUCUCAGAGUAGAGUUGACAGAUUUAUUCUUGAGUCAAGGAGUCUACCUGCUGGUUGAGAGAUGAACUACAAUUCGCCUGGAGAAAUAAAGAUUCUUUUAUCAUUCUCAAUAAUCGAGCUCUGGGUAUUGAUGAUCUUUUUGUCUUUUUUUUUUAAACAAUUUUAGACCUCAAAAUAUAUGCUUUUCCACAGUAUUAUACUAUUUAUUCUUAAAUGUUUUUAAAUUAGUGUGUCAAUGAAAAAAAGUUUGGUGUUGUGUACAAAACAGUUUGUUCUGAUAAACUGUUUGGUGCUAAAAACUUGACCAAAAAGGAUCAUACUAACCAUGGCUCAAAAGAGCUUUGGUCGUCUCACCACUUGAAAUUGUGACCAAACUUGCAUAGGGGGCAGCAGGGUAAUGUGCAAUCAACAUACACUUUAUGUUACAGUGCAAUAACUUGGCAAUAUGCUAUAUAAAGAGGACCUGCACUCCCAGUCACCUAGCACUCUGCACUUUCGCAUUUGGCACUUUAAUUAGCACUCCAGCACUUUAUAAUACACUGUGUAUAAUUACUGUGGUCAGUUCUAUUUUGGACUGUAUGUCGUUUAGGUUGUCUACGGUUUAUGUAUGCUGCAGCUAUUUUUGAAUGUGCCCUGGUUAUAGAUUUAAUUGCCUUGUCUUUUUGUCUUUUCUGCAUUUUAAUUCAUUUGGUUUAUUUAUUUAAUGUGAUUUUAAGCUAGUAAUAACAAUUAAUGUUUCAUAUGGUGGCAGAGAACUGCCACUGCUGCAAAAUUUAAAAAAAGAAACGGUGCAGUAAAAAAAAAAAAAAAAGCUACAAUGGUGGAAAAAAAAUGUUACCUACUGCGAAAAUAAAAAGAUGCUAUUAAAAAAAGUCAUAAUGGAAGUAAGCUCCCGGGCACCAAUAAUGUUGACACAGACGACAAAGAAGAGAAGAUGAGCAAAAAACCAAGUGGAAAUAUUAUAUGAAGUUGAAGUGGAGGAUGCCACUGUAAUGUUAGCUUCGGUUUAACUUCACAUUGACUCAGGCGCUACAUGGCCAAACCAAAUGACACACUGAAAAGUACAUGUGGCGAAAUUAAACAAUGACCUUUUAACUUACUUCUUUGCUUGUCUUUUCGGUGUCAUCUUCUGUACCUAGAUCAAAAAAACACUGGUGCAUCAUCAUUAUUGGUCACCGGCCGCUCACUUGCUUUGUGGCUUUAUUUAUUUGCAUCCUUUUAUUUUCGCAGAAAGUUCAUUUUUUUUCUUUUAAUUAUUUUUUUCAUCGCUUUUUUUGCAUAGUUUACUUCCUUUUUUCAGAGUUUUAUUUUAUUUAUUUAUUUUUCAUCCCAAUGUUUUUUCUUUUUUUUUGCGUUGUUAACUUUCAUUGUGGCUUUUUAAAAGUUUUGUUUUAUUAUAUUUAUGUUUGAUUAUAUUUCUAUUUUUUCUAUCACUAUUUUUUUCUUAGUUUUUUCGUUUCGUUUUUUUUUUUGUUUUAUUUUAUUAUAUUUACGUUUUAUUUUUUUUCAUCCCAUUUUUUUGUGUUGCUAACGUCCGUUGUGGCUUUUUUAAAUUUAAUUGUGUUAUAUUUUUAUUUUAUUUUAUUUAUUCAUUUAUGUUUUAUUUUAUUUAUUAUUUAUUUUAUUUAUUUAUUCGUUUAUUUACUUUGUGUUGUUAACUUCCGUUGUUCCUUUUUUUUUUUUUUUUUUUUAAUCUUUUUAUUUGCAGCAGUGGCGGUUCUCGGCCACCAAAGCAUGAACACGCGCUCUCUGUUGCUGUUUGCAUGGGGCUUCACGUGAGGGAUGUUACGUAAAACCUUUUUCGAACCAAUCAGCUGCCGUCUGCCACCACCGGAAGGCGUAAUCUACACUUCCUCAAAAGCGACAGAGUUGACGAUCUUCUCAUACAGGCUAUAAACACUGCGUAUAUCUUCAAACAGAGGGUGUAAACCGUGCGAGUUUACAGAGAUGAAGCAGAGCUCGAGCGUGCCGGCCUUCCUCACCAAGCUGUGGACUCUGGUGGAGGAUGAGAACACCAACGAGUUCAUCUGCUGGAGCCAGGUAACCCUGCUAAUGUUAGCACGCUAGCUGUCGGAGCUAAAGCAGAUAGCUGUGGGGUUAUAUUUAAACGUAGCGGCGUAGCAUGUGGCGCAAAACAACAAACAGUGUCAAAGAAACUAAAGUGGGAUUAAAGAAAUAUGACCUGUUAUCUCAUAGCGUUAUUAAGAGUUCGUCAAUAAUACUGACGAACUCAUCUGAACACAGUGUGCUUUCCAAAACAGAGACAGUUUGUUAUCCAACUUCAUUGUGUGUCUCCUCUGUUAGCAUAUCUGAGUUUACACACACACACACACACGAACAGCUGCUCAGCCUGGGCUGGGCUAUGUAUGGUAAAAAAGUGAUCAUCGCUAUUGACCAGUUGUCAUUCUGCUUGUGUGUUAAAAUAUCAGCUCAUCGAAUCCGUCAGCAAAAAUGGAGAAAAAAGAUGUUUAAAAUGGUUCCUCUUAACCUUGAAAAAGUGAUGUAAUGUUACAGAAGAAGGAAGCAGAUACAUCCAGACUAACAUCUCUGGAUCUCUAGCUACUGUGCUGGGUUUAAAAGAGGCCGAAUGAAUCAUCAACAGUCAGAUAUAGUGUUAAAUAUUCAGAGAAGCUGGAGAAAUCCCUGUACAGAAUGAUUCAGAAACGCAGGGAGACUUAUUUAGUCACAGGCCCGUUUAAAGGGAUAAUCCGGUGUGAAAUUAAUUUAGGGUCAAACACACUGGUACACUGAAUUAGACACCCUUUAGGGAGAUGAAUGUUGCUGACCGCCUGCUUCUCUCAUUAUACCAAUUUUAGUAACGACUGCAUCGCAGCAAUACACAGCGGUCUGAGGAGCCAUAAACCAACCUCAACCAAAAAGCCACUCUAUAGCCACAAAUAAUGCUCAGAACAGCACCUAACUUCAUCAACAGUACAUAUACGGUCCCAGCCAUAGUACUAGCCACCAAACAUCUUUUUAACUUUACCUGAUUUCUUUAGCAAAGAGACAAAACACAACUCACCUACUCUUUUCAUGCAGCCGCUUGUUUGUAGCGAGACCUCAGGCCAGUCCAGCGGGGCGACACAGCUCAAGGAAGAAAAUUUAUGAUCAUUUCUUUAUGAUUUCCUUGAAGUAAUAAUCACUAUAUUAAUCUUUUUGGUUUAUCGUUUUAGUUUUGCCUUAGCGUCUUGGUCUGAUUGUAUUUCUAUGAGGAAAUGAUCAUAAAAGUUCUUCCUUGAGCUGCGUCACCCCGCAGCAGUCCGUAAUAGACUUAUCCAAGGUCUCGCUACAAACAAGCGGCUGCAUGAAAAGAGUAGGUGAGUUGUGUUUAGCCCCUUGUUUGUUGCAAGACCUCUCUGACCUGUCCUUUACAGACUGCAGUGGGGUGAUGCAGCUCAAGGAAGAACAUUUAUGAUCAUUUCUUCAUGGAAAUACAAUCAGACUGAGACACUAAGGCAGAAGAACUACCACGUCUGCAGUGCAAAAUGAUUAAUACAGUGAUUUUUAUUUAAGGAAAUUAUAAAGAAAUGAUCAUAAAUGUUCUUCCUUGAGCUGCGUCACCCCGCAGAAUUUUUUUUUAGAAAUCUUGAAUGCCAUAUCCUCCACUCUAGAGAAGAGAGGGGUGGUUUGUUUUCAGCUCUCAGUUCAAAGCCAGCAUCCCUGUUGGUAUUGGAUCAUAAGUAGUCAUUGCAUGGGUAGCAAACACAUCAGUGAAGGCUCCAUAAAUGCUGAUCAAUAAAUUCAUGUUUUAGAGCAACAGAUGCUGCCAUCCAGAUAACAACAUUUUCAGGGAAACCUUCAUAUUUUAGCAGUUAACAGUGAUAAACUGUCCUGUCGGCAGUUUAACUGUUCGCCCUUUGAAAACAUUUGGUGCAUCUUGUCAUAAGAUAUUGGAUAUAUAAUUGGACUAAUUAAAUGUGAUUUCAUGGUAAUUUCAGCCGUUGUGCUUUGCUGCAUCUCCCACAGAUGUCUGACUUGAUCCUCGGCAACAAUGAGAUGAGUCAACACUCUUCUCUUAGCCUUUGCAUCACCUCAAGUUGGGUUGGGAUGUUGUAUAAAAUGUUCAUAAAUACAGAUUUGAAUAGUUGCAAAUCAUUAAACCCUUGUUAUUUUAUUUUCACCCAAUAAAAUAAAUGUAUAUACUUGUUUUAAAUUAGAUUUGAGAAAUGUAUUUAAAAAAGCUGGGAAAGUUGCUCCUCUUUUAAACAAUAGUAAACAUGUGGGAGCUGAGAAGACCAGUGUGUUGAGGUUUGAAGUGAUGAAAGAUUUCAGCUCCUCCAAAUCUCAGGGUCUCUUGUGUCAUAUUUUUCUGUCAUGAUGCACCAAAUGUUUCUAAUGGGGGACAACUAAGGCCUCAAAGUUCAGAACCUGGAUGCAAAUAAAUCAAAAAACCUGGAUAUGGCAAACACCAAAAAUAACCCAGUUUCUUAUGAAGUGAUGACUCUUCCUAUCUUUCCUUCUGAGAUACUCCGCCUCUCUGGAAUUACCUCUUAUAUAACUCGUCAUCUUAUUAACCUUUUCCAAAUGAACCUCCAUGCUGUCUUCAUCUCUUUUUGCACCCUUUCAAAUGUUACAGUCUUAUCCAUUUAUGUACGGUUGUAUCAGAAGCACCAAAGCUUUUACAAAACUGACACUUCAGAUUUUCAGUCAUGUUUUAAUUUCAAUCCAUAACUGCCAAAAGUAAAAGAGGGAUAGCAGGGCUGAUAACACAAGCACCACUUUAUGAAAUCGGGGCGGCAGUAGCUCAGGAGAUAGAGCAUUUGUCCAGUAAAUGGAAGGUUGGUGGUUCGAUUCCCCUCUAUCCCUAGUCCAGUGGUUCUCAAGUCCAGUCCUUGAGCCCCCCUGUCCUGCAUGUUUUGGAUGUUUCCCUGCUCCAACACACCUGAUUCAAAUCAUCAGCUCGUUAUCAAGCUCUGUAAUGGCGUCAUAACGAGCUGAUCAUUUGAAUCAGGUGUGUUGGAGUAGGGAAACAUCCUAAACAUGCAGGACGGGGGGACUCGAGGACUGGACUUGAGAACCACUGGACUAGUAUGUCAGUUGUGUCCUUGGGCAAGACACUUAACCCACUUUGCUCCCAGUGUGUGUGUAAAUGUGAAUGAUGUUUGGAGGUGGUGCAAGAGGCCGUAGGCGCAAAAAUGGCAGCCAUGUUCCCGUCGGUUUGCCCAGGGCAGCUGUGUUUACCACCACCAGGUUGUGACUGUGUGAGCGAAUGAAUGAUGUGUCCAUUGUAAAGUGCUUUGAGGGUCUCUGUUAAAGCAUCACCUUGUAGUGGCUCGUCCACACAUUUAAAAGGUCAUGUUGAUUUACUGGCUCCUCUGACUGUGGCGUCUUGUCUUCGUUUCUUUCAGGAGGGGAACAGCUUCCUGGUGUUGGACGAGCAGCACUUUGCAAAGGAGAUCCUCCCGAAGUUCUUCAAGCAUAACAACAUGGCCAGCUUCAUCAGGCAGCUCAAUAUGUGUACGACUUAGAGCUUUUAUCAGACAGAAGUAACACAAAGAACCAGCAGUGUUUAAUUCUUUUUCAUGCUUUGGUUUUCAGGGUUAUUUUCUUCUGUGCUCCUUAUGUGUCUCUGGAUUUACAGCUCUUAUAAAAAACACAGUUUAUAGUCAGACUUUAACAUUCAGGAAACAAUAGAGGACUCAAACUGAUGUAAUUAAAUAAGAGCUGGAAUAGAAGGAUAAAAAGUGGGGACUUUGGCAGAGAAGAGACGUUUAACAAUGUGAUACAGUACAAUUUACUGUCCCACAGGGAACUGUGUCUGUAGACUCUAGUGCUGUUUACAUGAAUUUAUCAGCUUCAGUUGCCUCUGCUGUAAAGUCUUGAAUACCUUUUAUUACCACUUGCCUUAAACAAUACAGUCAUUCUUAUUUUUAAUAGAAGGAUUAAAAAGCGCUGCAGCUCAAAAAUAAAAACAGAUUUACAGUCAUAUUUUCGACCUGAAACUGCUGCUAGCAAAAGAAAACCAACCAAUGAGAACACAGAGACUCAGAGCUCACACUCUGCACAAUACUACACACCUCCUCUGGAUUGUUACUGAUUCCUCUUAGGAAAUGUUUUGUUAUCAGCAGGAUAAGACACUAAAUGAACCUGUAGACACAAACUGACAGGACCUGAAAGUUCCCUAGGGCUGCUUUAAUCCUCCUGAUCUAAAAACAUGUAGGACAAACUUUUUGGAGGUAUGCAUCAAUUAGUUUAGCUGUAACACUGACACACGAGCGGGAAUGAAAAAUUGUUCAAUCGUCAACUUUGAUCUCACAUUUUUCAAUUCUUUGUGUGUGAUUUUCUCUAGAUGGUUUCCGUAAAGUGAUGCACAUUGACACAGGAAUAGUGAAACAGGAGAGGGACGGUCCAGUGGAGUUUCAGCAUCCAUACUUCAAACACGGACAGGACGACCUGCUGGAGAACAUCAAGAGGAAGGUAGACACAUCUGUCCUUUUUUGAUCCCUCUACUUUUCGAAAAGAUAGUGGAGCAUUUAGACCAGAAUACUUUUUUUAAUAGUUUUAAUAUGGCCAAAUGAUGCCGAGUGCAGUUGACAAAAUUAAAUGUAUAAGUCUCAGACAUUUUGUCUUUAUUACAGAUUUACAGUGAUGAGGUAAACUGUAUGAAACUGUACAUUUCAGCGAUAAAUACCCAGUUCUUAAGGCAUAAAUUUCCCUUUUUAGAUUUAAUGUGUUUUCAAAAAAGUAAGAAGAAGAAGGUAUAACUCAACCUAAAACAAGAUUAAGACAACAUUAACUCAAACUUCUACAUAACCAGGCAGUAAAGUAUCUGUGUCAGCUAAAUCAGGGUUAAAUCCUCUCUCUAAAAGUAUUGUUUGUUUCCUCCAUGAUUGAUGCGUGACUGAAGUAAGCACUGUCACAUUUUUACUAAAUUUAAAGUCAUUCUAUUCUUGAAGUAGUUACAAAUGACAAACAAGAGUUAGUGAGCAUUUCAGAGUGUGAAUAUUGGGAGACUGUGUCUUUACAUUUACCAUCUUUGCAGUUCAAUGGGUGUUUGUAAUCUGGCAGCAAAAGACACAGGCGCCAGUCACAAGUAGUUGAUACACAAAACAGAGAACUCACAAGAGCACAAAUCAAAAGAUCUUUUCUCUGUGUUUGCAAGGCCCCAAAACAUUUGACCCGUCAUCUGUUCUUCCUUUUAAUACAUGAUUCAUGUUUGUCUUGAUGAAGAUGCCCUCCCAAAGACGGACUGUCCUUCAUGAAAACACUGUGUUAAAAUAUUUCCUCUGCUUGUCAGGUUUCGACCUCUCGGCCAGAGGAGACAAAGAUCCGUCAGGAGGACCUAACGAAGAUCUUGGCGAACGUACAAAAUGUUCACAACAAACAGGAGAGCAUGGAUGCCAGACUCAUCACACUGAAGAGGUGAGUGUGCAGAUGUGGACGGGGUCAGCCUGGAGGAUGUGGGGAAUCCAGCUUGCUGCUCUGUCUAUGUAAGUUACGGUGUAAGCAGGAUGGCUUCCCUCCCACUAACAAACUACUUAACAUUUUUAUUGUUCAGGGAGAAUGAAGGUCUGUGGAGGGAGAUCUCAGACCUGAGACAGAAACACGUUCAGCAGCAGCAGCUCAUCAAGAAGGUGAGGGAAAACACAUAAAAAGCAACUACACCUGUAUUAUCUGCAUUAAUGAGUUCCUCUGAGAGACUUUCCAACAGCGGCAGGUUCGAGAGUAAGCUGUGUUUGUGGGAUUUUCAGUGUCACGAAGCUGACUCUCCAUUAACCUGGCCAGCUCAGCACACAGUAGCAUGAGGCAUUUGCAGGGGCAAACAUCCACAGCCCACUGAAUACGGCUUUAUAAGAACCAAAGCUCUGUGGAUUUUACAGCUUUAAACAGAAACAUGUAUCUGUGUGUAGACUUGCAGAUGUCCUGUUCGUCUCAAGCUCCUGUGCUAAAUUCCUUUUCUAAAAUUCGAUUGAAAUAAUUUUUCUCUGUUUCUUUCAGAUGAUCCACUUCAUUGUCACUUUGGUGCAAAACAACCGCAUCCUGAACUUGAAACGCAAAAGGUGAGUUCACUACCCUCAGAGACAUCUGAGUACUGUAUUAUUAAACAGACAGAUGCACCUGACAGAUAAACAUAUUUUAAACACGAGGGCUGGGACGAUAAGCUUUUCUACCGAUUUAAUUCUUUGACGAUUUUUUUAAUGCCAAUUUUAUUUAAAUUGCGAUUCUACGAUAUUGUGGAUUUUCUCAAUUUUCAGUCUGCUUUUUUAACACCAGUGAAACAGUUGAAUGGUUAUGAUUUUCUACUGACUAUUCCAGGAACCAGAUUUCCCCCAAAAAAUACACAACAAAUAAAAGUCAUUUUUUAAAGAGUUUUCCUUAAAUUUGAAAAAAGAAACAAAAAGAUUUUUGUACAUAAAAAUCGAUUCAAAAAUUGUAAAACAAAAAAUCGUGAUACUUAUGUGAAUCGAUUUUCUCUCCCACCCCUAUUAAACACACAUUAUCACAUCCUUAUAUGGAAAAAAACUGAAAAAGACCUCAAUAAUUUAAAAUGUUUUUUAAUGAUUUAUUUACGCAUAAAACAUGGUUUUACAAGCUUUUACUGAUCAACUUUGGUUGUUCUUGUGAUAUUUUAUGUUUCUAGUAUAUAAAUAUACUAAAUUCUCCAUGUUUAUGUAGUGCUAUAAAUGUGACAUGUUGUGUCUAGAGAAAGCGCAAAUAAACAUGCAGUAGUUCAUUAACCAUUUAGUCCACACACUGCUGGUAGAGAUUAACCCUCAGUAUGAAGUAAUCCCGUUCAGCGGGGCCACUUUGGGGUCAAGUGUUUUGUUUAGGGACACUUUGGUAUGUAGACAGCCGGACAGUCAAAUCCCUGACCUUCUGAUUGUUAAUACGUGUGUGUUUGUGGGAUGAAAUGAAGUUUCUGUUGCAACAAAACAUGAGCCAAAGUGACAGCUACAAAUUCAUUUCUCACACUUUGGUUUAACUUGGUAAGAUUUCUGAUCAGAAACUGUUUAUUUCAGGAUUUACAGCCUGUUUCAAAAAUAUACUUCAGUGCUACAUAAACACAUUAUUCCUACACAUUAUUUUAUUAGAUUGAUCUUGUAAGUCUAGCAUCAUUGAGUGAGUUUAAAUAGAGUUGAGUAUUUCCAUUUCAAUCAGGUAUUUAACAAGCCUGUUUUCAGACACCAGGAUAAGCCCUUAUUCCUCAUUUUGCUACCUGGAGUAUCUUAAAGGAAACUGGAUACUAUGGCAUGCAUACACCAGACCCUAGUUACUGACAGCUGCAGUUUACAUGCUCAAGUGCAGCCAAGUGAUCUAUCAGCAAAACUGGCAGGGGGGGUCGGCAAUAAGAGCGUCUUACUUCUGGAGUGAUGAAUGAUUUGAAUUAGCUUCUGGUAUAAGGUUUAUAACUAAGAUACUUAAGUAAAUGUAAACACACUGAUUGUUAUUUUAAAAGUUAUGUUACUGGAAGUUUCCUUCAAGCUCAAAUCUGUAACUUCCUCUUUUUAUAACAGACCAAUUCUGAUGAACAGCAGUGGAAAGAAGCCCAAAUACAUCCAUGAGAUCUAUGAUGAUAAAGUGUGUGUAGAGCAGGUGAGUAAACACAGGAAGUACAUCCUGCAGUGAUUAUAAGAUUAUCUGUAGUGUGCCGUACGUGAAUGGUUCUGACUUUGGGGUUCUAUGCAGUCCUCUGUUGGCAGUCUGAACGGGGUGAAGGGCGCCGAGCUAUCUGAUGACGUCAUCAUCUGUGAUGUGACUGAGAGUGACGCCGAAGUGACGGGCGACAUUUCAGAGGAGUCACCCAGAGCCUUCGAACAGAGGUGAGGCUGUCUUUUAAUCACAUGAUCACUGCUCUAUAACGCUGCUGUCGCACCGCAGGAUGGUGGACAUGGAGGUAAACUGUUUCUGCUGAACAUUCAAGAUGUCUGUUGUAUCAGGACGUCCAAAUCAAGUAACACAACCUGACAAAGAUUUUAUUUGACUGAUAAAAUGUUUCAGCUCAUGAGAGGUUCGCCUUUGUAGGAAUGUUGAAUAAGCGUGCUUUAAAGGACCAGUCAGUAUAUUCGGUCUGUCUGACUCUCUCCCUCAGUGACAUGGAGAUCGUAGAGGUGGAGCUGUAUAACGGAGCAGAGCUGCCUACAGAGACAGAGGUGAACGCCUUCAGCACAGAGGACAUCAGACCAGAUGAGGACGUAGCGUCAGCGGACAGCAGACAGAGGACACCCGUCGACAACAAUACCCCUACCACCAGCACAACCACCAUCACAGCAGCACCACCAACGAGCAACACUUUGACCAGCUCCGCCCUGCAGCUGAACAAACCCGGAGCUCUGAGUCUGGAGGACCCCAUGAAGAUGAUGGACUCCAUCCUGAAUGAGAACGGAGCCAUUUCACAGAACAUCAACCUGCUGGGAAAGUAAGAGGCGACUUCCAGGUCCCUUUAUUUGAAACCCGAGUGACACUGAUGGCUCAGUUGUAAGAGCUAGACGCACAUAAUUACUCUCUUCACUUCGUCUUACACUCUCUGUAUAUAAUGCAAUCUUAUUCAUUUAAACACACUUCUGGAGUAUUCAACAGUAUUGUCAAUUUCACAAUAUCAUAAGAACCAGAGUGUCUUCUUACCAUUGUGAACUUAGCAAGUGAUGGUAUGGUUCUGUCCUACAUCAUGAGUUCUUCUGCAGCACACAAACUUCCAACAUGUCACUAGGACUACAUCUGACACAUACACAAAAUGUUUUUUUUUUGUUUUUUUUUUGCCGUUUUAUCAGCUCUUCAUGUGUUGAUGUCCUUUUUAUUUUCCAAACACAAUAUUUUAAUUUGAUGAUUCUGUCUCCUUGUCUGUCAGGAUGGAGCUGAUGGAUUAUCUGGACAGUAUUGACUGCACUCUGGAGGAUUUUCAGGCCAUGCUGCAGGGGAAACAGUUUGGAAUUGAUAUCGAUUUACUAGAGGUAAAGUUAUAUCUAACAAACACACAAACAAAAUGAAUCCAAUAUUUUUAAUUAUAUGAUCUUGCUCAACUUGAAACUGAUUGAAUGAGUACCAAAAAUCCAGAUUCCCAGAGGUCUUGUAUUGGAACUACAUUCUUAUAACCACUAUCUGUAUUGGCUAGGAUAACCCGGGACCUUUUGAUCAUGUGUGAUUUACUCGAAUUUACUUGCAAGACGUCCACUUUGUCUCUUGAGGAAGUGUCAUUGCAGUGUAAAAUCACGGGGUAAUCCAUGAAAAGGAAGACUUCUCAUAAUUAAACCUCUUUUUUUUAAAUUCUAUACAAACUGCACUUAAAAGACAACAAACCCAUUUGAGUUAUUAGAAAUAUUCCUUACUGCGGGCAGCAUUGAUGUAAUGGACUUCAGUUUGUCAUUUAUAUUGAUGGGUCUCUUUACUAUACAGUGAAAUGAUCCUGAGUUUACAUUGUCCAAUAUAUCCCACAUCCAUUUGAUCAUGAAAGAAGCAGAAAAAGCAGCAGAGGACAGACACCUUCUGCCAUUAUUACAAAUGAUUGUAGCUCCCUUGUUAGUACUCGUCCUGUGCAAUCAGGGCUGCAGAUUUCUACUUCUGUCCAGCUUGUCACCUCCUUUAACUAAGCAUUGAUUCAUUGACAAAAUAUCCUGUUAAAUAUAUAACCUUUUUUUUUUCUCAAAGAUCCCAGCUCUCUUCACCUCCUUGUGUGAUUUUCUUCAGGAGAGUGUGUCCCCCAAAGACGGUGCCAUGCCACUAAACAGAGGGAGAACAGACGAAGACAACACAGGUGAGACACACGCUCCUAAAGAAAUCGACACUUUAAGCAGGGAUGUGAUGAAGUUAGCUGCUGUUCUGAGCAUUAUUUGUGGCUAUAGAGUGGCGUUUUGGUUGAGGUCUGUGUUUGGCUCCUCAGACCCCUGUGUAUUGCUAUCGUGCGGUCGUUACGUAAGUUGGUAAAACUACAGAAGCAAGCGGUCGGCAACAUUUAUCUCUUGAUGUCUAACGCCUGGUUCACACUGGAAGCGCCGCGCGCGGAACGGAAGCGCCGCGCACAGAGUUUCAGAUCGGCGCCCAUGUUAACCUAUGAGACUGUUCACACACGGAACGGCUCGCGCUCUGGAGCGCGGCUGCUCCGCUUCUCUCUAUUUUUGGCGCGAGCCGCGCGCGCCGAUGUAAAGCUCAACAGAGCAGAUCGGACCAGACAGGAAGUCAGGAAGGAGAUGCGAGAGAAUCCGGUCAAUUUUCAAAAUAAAGUAAAUUUCAAUAAAUUAGAAAAGAUUUACGGUGUUGCUUGUCGGUCUAUUUUUUUACCGAUGAACACCACACACACACACACACACAGACACACACGGAGGGAGAGCUGCAGAGAGUCAGUGAUGUUAUUGAGACAAAGGAGGGGGACUUUAUUACGAUACAGUCAAUAGCCUCGAGCUAACAAGGCUAUACAUACAACGGAGUCAACAGACUCCCCAAUUUAUUCGUUGUUUACCCCUAUAUAAUAAUUUAAAACAAUACUUGAAGAUGCUGCCAAUAUUUAAUUUAUGUAUGACGAAAUAAAAACGUAAAUAAAUAGUGAUUUACCCAUUUUUAAAGCGCUCGUAAGUGUGGAAAACUGAGGGCAGACGGAAACGGCCGAGCACUGCCGGGCUCAGACGAUGUCUGACCAGCGUGUCAGAGCGCAGCAGAAAGCGCUUUCUGUGUGAACAGCCAAGCGCGAGCCGUCGCUGCGCGCGCGCGGCGCUUCCGUUCCGCGCACGGCGCUUCCUGUGUGAACCAGGCGUCACUCGGUGUUACAGUGUGUUUGACCAUAAAUUAAUUUUACGCCGGAAUAUCCCUUUAAGUGCUGAUCAUGGUAGUCAUCCUCUGUGUGCGAUCAGACUUGGAUGAGGCUGAUUUUUCUCCUGUAUCGUUUCUUCAGAUAAACAGCUGAUCCAGUACACAUCCUGCCCUCUGAUAGCCUUCCUGGAUGGCUGCAGCCCCUCGUCAGACCUGGACCUGGGCUCUAGCAGCAGCAGUCCCUCCACCUCCCACCUGCCGCCUUCCGCUGCCUCACUAGAGGCUGGCCCACCAACAGACCUGCUCGAGUCUGCCCUGGAAACCAAACAGCCAACCCGUAGCUCCCUGAUCCGGCUGGAGCCACUGACGGAGGCGGAGGCCAGCGCAGAGACUCUGUUCUACAUGUGCGAACUGAGUCCUGCUGCCGCUGAGCCGGACUCCGUCCAGCUGGACCGGGUUUGAGACCCACCUAGACUGAUGUAGGAGUGACCCCUUCUGUCUGAAGCUGCUGCAGCUGAGUUUGAAUAUUGCAGAAGUGUGUGUGUUGAUGUUCCUGCAGGUCUGUGAGAAGGAACAGACUGAAGAGCAGCAGGAUGGAAGACCACACACACAUUUUAUAAACUUUGAAGAAAACACUCAAGUUCCUCAUAAUAACAGCUAGCUUAAAGCUUACCUCUAAACCCGGUUAGUGCACUACUUCUAAAGUUGAACCCGCACAUCCUACAAACUCUAAACAGUAUUCCUAUCAUAAAGGAAGGCCAGUCUGGGAUAUUAUCAAAUGUUUAACAGCAAAUUUUAUCUUUUUAUGUUUAAUAUUUAUGUGUUUCUCCGUCUGAGGGAAAGUGUGCCACUGACAAUCACUCUUAGCUCGAUUCAUUAUCUAUCUCUUCUUUCCGCUUUUUAGAGGUGAGCAUGUUCAAAAUCGUACAAAAACACAACACUCUCAUUCUGUGAAGGUACUCGUUUUGGUGCAGCCUCUCUUAUAUCAAAAAAGUCUGUCAGUGUCCCCUUUUUACUUAGAAAAUAGGUUGUUUCUUAAAAAAAUGUCUUUUCUUUUAUCUGAAAAAAUGUAAUAUCUUACACUUAGCUGACUCUAUUUACUGUUUUAUAAAAACAUGCUUUUAUUUUGAAAUGACGAUACACUAUUUUCAGUAUCUAACCAUCUUUUGAGGGACUGUAGCUAGCUGGCUAGCUGAUUGCUCAGUCUUCAUUGUCGCUGCUUCAUCCCUAAGUUUUAGGCGCUACCAACCGGCAUAAAUAACCACCACCGCCCCCGACUCUGAACUCUGUUGUUAUACAAUGUCACGGCAUGUUAGAGCUGUUAUUUCUCUGUAAAAGGAGGUUUUUGGCCCGGAUACCAAGAGAAAAAAGUUGAUGCAAAGUUUUGAUGUAAAGCUGAUUUUUAAAUUAAAAAUUUAAUUACAAAUGUCACAAAGAGUCCCAGAGAUUCCAUAAUUUGCAGGUUAACAUUAAACUUCACAUUGACAUUCACAAGUUAAAACAUGAGCCUGUUUUUUGGUUAUAAAUCACCAUAAACUAUUAUUUCCACUGAUAUCUUAUUUCCUCACUGUUUCUGCACUUUUUCUCCCCUGAUAAUGAUUUGUAAGCUACUAACAAAACUAAAGACUGUUCUCUUCAAAGGACCAGUGUUGUUUUUGUUGACGAUGAUUUUGACGAAAAUAUUUCGUCAACGUCAUCGUCAAUGAAAACAACACUGCAGAAUAUAUGUUUAGCAUUUGACUGACGAAAUGCUCGUGAAUUUUGCAACUCUGUUCGGCGUCCACCACUAACGUUUUCGUCUAGUCUCGUCUCUGCACAUUGUAGUCAUCUAAGCCUUGUGUUUAGCUCGUCAACGUCAGGGGCUGUGACGAAAACAACACUGCAAAGGACCAAAAGUAGAGUUAUAAUUGUAAUCUGUGUUGUUGACCAAGUAGGAAUGCCAACUUGAACGCUAAAGUGUUAACAGGUGGAGAGGAAAUAUUUAUGUGUAUCGAGUCUGAUCGAGUCAGCUGAUGUGAUUUGAUGUUUUUUGGAUCAAGUUGUUCCAUGUAACACCUUGCGAUCAAUAACCAACAUGCCACUGUUAUGACCAAUCAGAAUUGAGUGUUUCUUGUAGUUAGGUAGUAAUUUACCUAUUAUUUUAAGUGUGAUCAUUUCAGUCAUGGUUUUUACUCAGUUAAAAUCCCUGAAUGCUGGUUCAGCUCAGUUGUUAAAGCGACGCCACAUGAAGUGUAACAUUUCGUGAAGCACAAUGACACAAUAAGUGACUGUGUUCAGGUUUAAGGUGAGUUAGCUGAUGGUUCAGAGGGUAAAGAGCUGCAACACUAACCUGUUAUAACCCGUUUCCACUCAUGGAUUAAAAUCUUGAGUGUUUUCUUCAAAGUUCCAGUCUGAAAUAUUAAACUCACAUCAUGAGAUACAGAAACGUGGACCAGCGUGCACCCACACGGUUCUCCUCCAUCAGUGUGCGCACCUUCAAGGGGCUCAGCUUCAGCGAGGAGGGGUCACUCCUCUCUGUAUCUACAGACUCAAACACUUGUAUUUACUCCUUGACGUUUAUUUAUUCUCUUUAUGUUCUUUUGCUACUUUUUUUUUCUGCAAACAUCAUUCCCUCAAAUAUAUACAGGCUACCCUCUCUAAAGUCAACCGUAUCAAAACGAGUUUAGUCACAGUGUUUUAAAGGACGCUAGGACAGAAGGUGUUCCCUGAGAGAACCUGUUGCCAUGGCAUCAAGCGUCAUCAACAUCAGGUCUCUUCACCUACAAGCGCCAUUCACCCAUGAAAAAUGUAAAAACACAAAAAAUAAAUGUCUUUUUCUAAGCUUUUGUAUAUUUUUUUUAUUUUGUCCUGUGAAUAAUCUUUUUCUUUAAAGACUGAUUUAAAAAUCAGAUGAGGUGUAUUUGUUUGUUUCAGAUGAGCCUAGCAUAUUUGGAAAAAAAGAGGGCGGAGUAAAAGAAGCCAGAAGAGUGUUGCUUCUCCAAAGCUCCACCCUCUUUUUUUUCCAAAUUUGGUCACGUCUUGCUCCUCUCAAUCAAAAAAAUGUCUCUCCUGGCUUCUGGACAGCUGCGCUUCACUAAUAUACAGUUUAUAAAACCGCAGAGAUGUGUAACUCAUCAAUUUAUCUUGUGUGCAGAGUGACAAUCGGAUUAAUGUUUUGAAAUUUUUACAUGUACAAGGACACCACUGAGGAUUUGUUCGUGCUCAAUACCUGCUGUCCCAGCUGUCCGACUGCAAAUUAAAACUGGCAGAAAAACUCUGUGUUUCAGAUUGUUGUAAUGGAGGAAAUCUGUUCAUGUAGAAGUGCCUGUGCCCCUCUUUCACCCUCUCUUCAUGUGUUCAUUUGUAGAGACUGUCCAUAGAAGCUGUUCAUAACCUGUUGUGUUCAGAGAUCAGCUGAUCUGAGAUCUGCUGCCUGCCUGUUCCAGCUUUCACUGUUACAAUAAAACAAAUUCUUUAGAGCCCAU